AUGGGACUCAUCAACCAUCUCAAAUCCGGCAACUCAAAGGGCGCGGCGGGCGACCCGGUGCUCUCUCGCAUUGUUGAAGAAGACAAAGUCUCAUGGAUCCGGAAACCGAAUUUGCGAAACCUGUACUUUCUGCUUGUUCCUGCAGCCAUUGGGAUUGAGAUCACGUCGGGUUUUGACUCGCAGCUGAUCAACGCGCUUCAAAUUGUACCGUCAUGGAUCAAAUAUUACCACCAUCCAGAAGGCUCGUUGAAAGGAAUUAUCGCAGCAGCAUACUCCCUUGGUGCUAUCCUCUCACUACCUUUCAUCCCCUGGGUUGACGAUAAGGUCGGCCGCCGCGGAUCUAUCUUGGUUGGUUCAAUCAUUAUGGUAAUCGGAGCCAUCAUCCAGGGCUUUUCCAACCAUGUCGCCAUGUACAUCGUCGCCCGUCUCAUCCUAGGCUUCGGCAUCCCUGCCUGCAUCGUUGCAGGCUCGUCCCUAAUCGGCGAACUCGGCUACCCUAAAGAACGGCCCAUCCUCACUUCUCUCUUCAACGUCUCCUACUUCGUCGGCCAAGUCAUCGCCGCUGGCAUCGUCUUCGGCACCAACAGCAUCAAAAGCGACUGGGCCUGGCGCAUCCCCUCGCUUCUCCAACUCGCUCCUUCGGUACUGCAAAUAGUUUUUGUGUUCCUGCUCCCCGAAAGCCCGCGUUGGCUGAUAAGUCACGACCGUAUUGAAGAGGCGGAGGCUAUUCUUGUGAAGUACCAUGCGGAAGGGAAUCCGGAAUCGGAGUUUGUGAAAGGCGAGAUCGAACAGAUUCGUGCGACUAUUCAGCUUGAGGCGGAAGCGGCGAAGAAGUCAUGGUUAGAUUUACUCGCGACGAGUGGGAUGCGGAGACGCACAUUAAUUACGUCCAUGUUGGGGCUAUUUACGCAGUGGUCUGGGAACACGCUGAUUUCCUACUUCUUCGGAGAUCUCAUGACUAUGAUUGGCAUCAAAGACAGCAUCACCAAGCAAAAACUCAACGUAGGCUACGCCUGCUGGUCGCUCAUCACAGGUGGUGCCGUCGCGCUUGUUGUCACCCGAUUUAAACGUCGUUCGCUGUACAUGUUGUGUACACUGUCACUGUUGUGUGUGUAUACGGGAUGGACGAUUAGUAUGCAAAAGGCGACGUUGGGGGAGAAGAAUAAACAUCAUAACAAGGGGGCGAGCAUCGCGAGCGCUUUUUUCAUCUUUGCGUAUCAGCCUUGUUAUAAUAUCGGAUUCAAUGCGUUGACGUAUACGUACAUGGUCGAAAUAUGGCCCUACACCGAACGGUCGCGCGGGAUUGCGGUAUUCCAACUCUUUGGACGGCUCGCAGGGUUCUUUACGACGUUUGUUAAUCCGAUUGGACUGAGGAAUAUUAGCUGGAAAUGGCUAAUUGUUUAUUGCUGUUGGCUCGCGUAUGAGGUUGUGUUUGUUUGGUUCAUAUUUCCUGAAACCGCUGGGAGAACUCUUGAGGAGCUUGCUUUCCUAUUCGAAGACGAAGAACGCGCACAUCUAGCUGCAGAGGCCGUCGAGAAGACACUACAUGCAGACGAUAAAUUAAGUGUUCACGAUAAGCACUUAGAGCACCGUCUUUAGCGGGAUCAUUGCGAGGAGACGAGGAAGGCGGGAGAUUGAAUGGGGUAUAGUAGUGACAGGGAAUUCAUGGUUCGGUAUGUUAGGCAGGCUUUUGGGCUGGCUACGAUUUGG